AUGUUCUUAACUAGCCUUCUACUCAUUAUCCAUCGAAUAGCAGCAUAUCCAGCGGGAGAAUCUCACGGCACAGAAGCUCUCGAUGUUUUACCAAGCCUAGCCAACAGCUACAACGCUAUUGAAAGUACCAAGGGCGAUUCAAUACUUAACGGCACGUCACUGUCCGAUGCCGUCAGGACCGAGUUGACCGUACCGUACUCAAUACACAAUGAAUCUCUAAACGCAGACUACGAGUGUUUCCCAGGUAAAUUGUAUAAAACAAAGCGGGCCAGAACACGGGAUUGCCUAGGUGCCAUCAUGUCUCUCCCUUCGGGUCACGAAGUCGGACAAUUUCAUACAGGUGGUGUUCAAGAUGAUCACGAGCUCCCAGUAAAGGUCCAUGCGCCAAAAGGUGAAAUACCUCAGACGCAAAUCUGCUUGAUUACAGUCGAUAUUGGCAUAGGCGAGACAGACGAAAGUACCUGGCUGGUGGUCACCAAUCGCGUAAAACUUUUGAUCGAUGCUUGUGCGGUGGGUAUGUAUCUUGAGGGACGGACCGGGGGCACCACUACGACUGGCAAAUAUGGCAGGAUCAAUAUCACCGUUGAGAAGAGUCAUUCGACUGGGACAAGCGCUAGCAACCAACAGCAUGCAGGCAACGGGUUGUUGGGGUCAUCUGAUGCGAGCAACAGCAAUGAGACUUUUACACUGGGCAGCGAGAAUGGAGGAACCAUGAGCCAAAAAGUCUACGGCUGGGUCUGGCACAAAAAGCCUCUGGAGGCACAUCUUGAUAAACUCGUGAAUGCCCAAACCUUCGAAGAAUGGGAAAUUACAGCUUCCCAAAUCGACGAACUCCUUAAUACUGAUCUAUGGCGUCAAAAUGCAUCGAGCAAAUAUUACGACUUUCGUCUGAUAUAUGAGCGCCGCAAGGCUAUCGUAAAAGCUAGGGAAGAUGAGGAUAUACUCGGUCUUGUCAACCUGCUUCGCUCAGGCUUGGUCAGAAAUUUGGGCAACAUUACAGCACCAAAGCUGUUCAACAGAGCAUACGCGGGGACAAAGUUGCUGAUUGAAGAAUACAUCACGCAAGUUGCCUUAGCGAUUAAGUAUGUCACGGCUCUACCGGCGGCUUCGAACUACGAAAGUGGUUGGACCAGUCAGGCGAAACUGGACUUGCUGCAUGAUACAAGGCAAGCAUUUGGAAGAUCUACUCUAGUCUUGCAAGGAGGUGGUAUGUUUGCAUACUGCCAUCUCGGAGUCGUAAGAGCGCUACAUCUUCGGGGUCUUCUUCCUCGAAUCAUCACCGGCACCGGCACCGGAGCCUUGGUGGCUGCCCUCGUCGGCAUCCACCCAGAAGACGAGCUGCUGGACUUCCUCAACGGCAAAGGCAUCGACAUAACCAGCUUCGCCCAGGAACGAAAGCUUUCCACCGACGACGAAACGCAAGGCAUCCUUACCGAACAACGCCAAAGCAACACGCAAGCCACUCUCAACCGCCUGAUCAACCUCAUCCGCUAUGGUCGGCUCCUCGACUCCGAUAUCCUCGAGUCCUGCGUCCGCGAACACGUCGGCGACCUAACCUUCGAAGAAGCCUACGCGCGCACCAAACGAGUCCUCAACAUCACAAUUCCGACCUCCGGCCGCGGCGGCGUCCCCAACCUCCUCAAUUACCUGACAGCGCCCAACGUCCUCAUCUCCUCCGCUGCGCAAGCCUCAAGCAUCACGACCUUCGCCCUGCACCAACCCCUCACCCUCCUCUGCAAAGACGAAACCGGCGCCAUAACAGCCUGGUCGAAAUCGCACGCCCAGACUCUGACAUUCCACCCCCACCGGCUCGACCCCGUGACCGCCAGUGGCACGACCGGCAUGGACAGCCCCCUCUCCCGCAUAGCAGAACUCUUCAACGUGAACCACUUCAUUGUGUCCCAGGCGCGGCCGUCUCUAGCCCCCUUCCUCCGCACAGAUCUACAGCACCCGUCUUCCCCGCGGCAGAAACGCGGGAGUGGGCUCGUGAUCGCGCUGCUCAGGCUCGCAACGGGUGAGGUGCAUCACCGCCUCAGCCAGCUCGACGCCCUCGGCUUUCUCCCGCUUGGUAUCCGGCGGUUCUUGAUCGACGAGGCGGUGCCAGGGGCGAACCUCACCCUCGUUCCGGAUCUGCGACCUACAGAUCUCAUCCGAGUGAUCAUGGAGAAACCGGGACCGACUUCCCUUUCCCUUCCUCUCCCCAUUGCCCUCACCAACGGAAACAGCGAUGAAAACAGAGGAAGUGAGGAAGCGGGGAAUGCGAGGCUAGAAUACUGGGUCCGCCAAGGCGAGCGCAGUGUCUGGCCGAACGUCUGUUCGUUGAAGAUCAGAUGCACGGUCGAGGUGGAGCUGGAUCGGUGCUAUCAGCUUGUCAGGAGGAGGAAGCCGCUUGAUGCUAUGGGUGGCGGGAUGGAGGUUGCGAGGCGGAGGGCGGGUAGUGCGGAGAGUGGGAAGAGUGGUAAUGGGAAUGGAAAUGGGAAUGGGAGGAAGAGGAUGAGGGCUAGUAGUCUUGGGUUGCGUGGGUGA